AUGUCAGAAACAACUUGGAACAGCAAAGAACAAAAGACAACCUCAAUUGACCGAAAGACUGGAGGAAGGAGGUUUGAGGCUGGUGAGAAUGCACCAAACUCCCCUAAGUCACCCUCAUACUCCUCAGACACCCCACCUUCAUCCCCCAACAGGUCUGUUAGUGGGAAGAAGCUGUGUUCCAGCUGUGGCAAUCCCCUGGGGAAAGGAGCUGCCAUGAUCAUCGAGACACUCAGCCUCUACUUCCACAUCCAGUGCUUUAAGUGUGGGAUUUGUAAGGGACAGCUUGGAGACACGACCACAGGCACAGACGUCAGGAUCCGUAAUGGCCUUCUCAACUGUCAUCAGUGCUACAUUCGCUCCCGCUCGGCAGGACAGCCCACCACCCUGUGAUGCACCAGCGGAGCUCUGAGUCCAGUCCAUCCAGACGUCCGCUCCUCCCGCCUCAUCAAGCAUGUCCAGAGAAACAGCUGUCUUGUGCCGAUGAGUGUCUCCUUCCUGGUCCCUGGUCCCUGGUCCCUGGUCUGGUCUCGCCACUGUAGUGUCCAAAUACAAAAAUAGACAAGAAAUGACUCCCACCGCCAAAUGAGGGGGGGGGGGGCGUAUGUAUAUUUCCCAGUUACCAAUAACAUGGAUGGAAUUAUAUGCACUUCUGAUAUCUGCAUAAAAUGGGGCCAUUUUGUCAUAUAAUUAAAAGAGGAAGAAAGUUUGGUCCACUCACUCAUCCACAGUAAUAACCCCACCGCCUGCUAGCGUCACAACGUAAAAUUCAACUGUUACAGAUCAUGACCACUGCAAUGUCUCCGCAAUGGACCCUCACACCAUGAGUUUAUCCAUCACUCACAGUCUAAAGGAAUAAUAAGGAAAUUGUGUCAAUUAAUGAGCAAAAUGUAUAUGAGCAUUUUGAUCUCUUAAAGGGGCUGAAGUUGGAAUGUAUAGACUUGUGCACAAUGGCCCAGGAAAUUGUCACUUUGAGGGAAUACACAGGGAAAGAAGAAAUUAUUUCCAUGCCAGAGGUAUUUUCUCUAUGUGGUAUUUUGCCAAAAAAAAAACAAACAAAAAAAAAACAAA